AGAUGCGCAAGCGACGACUGGCCCGCUUAACUGGACUUGAUGGUAGCAACAGCAACCCAGUGAGCUCUCCUGGAUUGAGUGUAAAUAAUGUUUUUGAAUCUCCAAGCACACCAGGUCCUUCGACGGGUCCUGAUUUACCAGCGACUCCAGGAUUACUCCAGCAACGGUCGCCACCUCAAGAAUCCUCAAAUGAUACAGAUGUUCCGAUGGAUUUUGAGGAAAACAGCGAAAAGCAGACGAAUAAUAUUUCUAUUGAUGUUGAUUCGGGAAUUGAAAAUAUGGAAGUUGAAGAACAAGAUCGAAAAGAUCAUACUUCUAGAUCUAGGACCACAAGUUCCAGCGCAGACGUCUCAACAGACCAAAUCCACAACACAAUUUCCCGCGUCCUGCGUGUCUCUUGGAAGCAACCAACCGAGCAAGCAAUAUUCCUGCCCAGCUUAUCAUCAAACUCAUCACUGGACCGGUCAAUUCCUCACACAGAUUUAGUAAACGAGUCCCUAAUGGAAGUCCUCCAGAUGUUCGCCAACAACGAGGACCCCCUAAAAGACAUAACCAGUGACAUCCUAUCAGACGGCGAAGACAGCCCAAGUCAAACGAGCCCAAUGAUAAGCCCCAGUGCAAUAACAUCACUGGAGCCUUCAACGACCAUAGCACUCCCCUUGAUGGUGACCAACGAAAACAAAAACCACCCACGAAGUCUCUUUUACCUCCUCGACUGUUACAGCCGCGCCGCAGUAGAAGAGCGCAAUAACCCAAAGCGUUCCAGCGUUCCCCCAAUAUCAGAAGUAUUGAUAUCCCUGCGCGCCCAGUGUGUUCAAUUCGCGAGUCUAGUUCUGCAAGAAAUAAUCGGGGUUCCAGAUGACGCAGUCUCCAACGGCUCAGUAUCUCCUCUAUUGUACCCAGUGUUGUCCCAAACUCUACCUCGUGGAUUUUUGCACGAAUUAGUUACAAGAACCAACAACAACCCCCAAGCCUUCAACAAAAUUUUUACACCACUGCUCCAAGGGUUGUACUUAUCAAUGCAACAAGUCAGCUUAAUUGGCAACACUCAUCGCCGUCCAAUAGAAGCUCUGGAGGAAUUAAUCGACGUGCGUCUCGGUACUAAUGGCAAUGCACGGCCAAUUUGUAAAUUAAUUACCCACCAGGUUCAAUUUUUACCCGAUUUUAUGACAACUGCCGUAGGACGUGAGUUAACACGGACAUCUUUUCUCGGUCCAUUUUUAUCCGUUUCGGUAUUUGCGGAAGAUCAACCAAAAGUAGCAGACAAAUUUUUCAGCGGCAAUGCAAUAAAUGACAAGACAAUUAAUUUAACUCUUCAACAAGAAUUAGAGAGCACUCGAUCUUCAUUGCAUAAAAUAGUACAUGCUAUUUUAGCAACUAGCACAUGCCGUGAAGCAACACUAGCUUAUUUAGCAACAUUAUUACGGCAUAAUGAAAAACGCGUGCAAAUACAGACUGAAGAAUUUUCAUUAGCAGGCGAUGGCUUUAUGUUAAAUUUAUUGUCAAUCCUCCAAAUGCUGUCGGUUAAAAUAAAAUUAAGCUCCAUUGAUUCGCUCUAUCCAUUUCACCCUUCAAGUUUGGUAGAGAUAAAAAAUGACACGCGGCUUAAAUUGUCCUCCCAGGAAGUGGCUGAUUGGCUGAAGGACCUAGAAAAAAAUCACAAGUGGACUGAAGCUAAAUUUCCGACUCAGUGUUGGUUUUUAACGCUGCAUUGUCACCACAUUGCUCUAAUGCCGGCGUUGCAAAAAUACAGGCGUAAAUUACGCGCAUUGCGCGAGUUGCAAAAAAUGUUGGACGAUUUGCAGGCUUCAGAGUCGAGUUGGAAAGACGCGCCUUAUGCUGGACACAAUAAAGAGCUUAUUAAACGCUGGAAGCAGCAGCUUAAGCGGCUGACUAAAUCUAGAGCUUGUGCUGAUGCGGGAUUAAUUGAUCCGGUUUUAAUUAGAAGGUCGCUACAUUUUUACGGAUCUGUUGCUGAAAUUUUGUUGGGACUAUUGACCCAGACUGACGCUUGUGUUGCAUUACCUAAAUUACCUCUGCCACAACAGGUACCUCAUAGAUUUACUGCGCUGCCAGAGUGGUAUGUUGAGGACAUAGCGGAGUUUUUAUUGUUCGCUUUGCAAUAUUGUCCGACUGUGGUGGCUAAUAAUUUGGAUAAUUCUUUAAUUACUUGGCUAUUGGUGACUAUUUGCACGCCACACUGUAUCAGAAAUCCGUAUUUAAUUGCUAAAAUUAUUGAAGUCCUUUUUGUUAUCAACACAAGCAGUCAGGGGCGUAAUGACAUUUUACAUGAUCAAGUAAUGUCUCAUCCGAUUACUAAAACACACUUGGCUUCGUAUUUGAUGAAGUUUUAUACUGAUGUGGAGACAACUGGAUCCAGCUCAGAAUUUUAUGAUAAAUUUUCUAUUAGGUAUCACAUUAGCUUGAUACUUAAAACUAUGUGGGACAGUCCUAUUCAUCGUGUUGCGAUAAUUAAUGAGAGUAAUAAUGGAAAGCAAUUUGUUAAAUUUAUCAACAUGCUGAUGAACGACACCACUUUCUUGCUAGAUGAGAGCUUGGAAUCGUUAAAGAGGAUCCAUGAAGUUCAAGAAUUAAUGUCUGAUAAAGCUAAUUGGUCGGCGAUGUCCAAUGAACAGCAGCAAUCUCGAACGAGACAAUUAACUGCUGAUGAAAGACAGGCGAGGUCUUAUUUGACCCUUGCUAAAGAAACUGUUUCGAUGUUUCAUUAUUUGACUGUUGAUAUUACAGAACCUUUCUUACGGCCUGAACUUGUUUGUCGGCUUAGUGCGAUGCUGAAUUUUAAUUUAAAGCAACUUUGUGGACCUAAAUGCAAAGAUUUGAAAGUUAAGAAACCUCUUAAGUAUGGAUGGGAGCCUAGGACUCUUUUGGGACAGCUGAUUGAUAUUUAUUUACACCUUGACUGUGAUAAUUUUGCUGCUGCGCUGGCUAGUGAUGAGAGAUCAUUCUGUAAAGAACUGUUCACUGAUGCAGCAAAUCGAUUAGGAAGAGCUAAUAUUAAAACAACAACCGAAAUUGAAAGAUUUUUGGCACUAGCAGAACGUGCUGCAGUUAUUGCACGUGAUAAUCUUGCCCGUGAAGAAGAUUAUGGCGAUGCACCGGAUGAAUUCCGUGAUCCACUUAUGGAUACACUGAUGGAAGAUCCAGUUAAAUUACCUUCUGGUAUAAUUAUGGAUAAGGCUGUUAUAAUAAGGCAUUUAUUGAAUAGUUCAACAGAUCCAUUCAGUCGACAGCCGUUGAGUGAAGACAUGCUGACACCAGAUCCUGACUUGAAAGAAAGAAUAGCCGCUUGGAAGCAACAGAAAAGACCGUCAAGCAACUAUUAA